UCCAAAGGAAAGUUCGCCUUCCUGCUGGAGUCAACCAUGAACGAGUACAUUGAGCAGAGAAAGCCGUGUGAUACCAUGAAAGUUGGUGGAAAUCUGGAUUCCAAAGGCUAUGGUGUGGCAACCCCUAAAGGCUCAACAUUAAGAACGCCUGUAAACCUUGCAGUAUUGAAACUCAGUGAACAAGGCAUCUUAGACAAGCUGAAAAACAAAUGGUGGUACGAUAAGGGGGAGUGCGGAGCCAAGGACUCCGGGAGUAAGGACAAGACCAGCGCUCUGAGUCUGAGCAACGUGGCCGGCGUGUUCUAUAUCCUUGUCGGAGGCCUGGGGCUGGCCAUGAUGGUGGCUCUGAUAGAAUUCUGCUACAAAUCUCGAGCGGAAUCCAAACGCAUGAAACUCACGAAGAACACUCAAAACUUUAAGCCUGCUCCUGCCGCCACAACCCAGAAUUACGCCACUUACAGAGAAGGCUACAACGUGUACGGAACAGAGAGUGUUAAGAUCUAGGGUAUGGCCAAGGCCUGCUCCGACUAAGCUAAUUGCCCUUCUGUUGCUGUGUAUUGUGUGCCCUUUCCUUUUUUCAGCUCGGUGACGUUCUUCCGAGCCAUGUCUAGUCUUCAGAGUGUUUGUUGGAUUCUUUGAAAACUAUUCGGCGACUGUGCCUUUCUUGUCCCACUUAAUGAAUGAUGCUUUCCUUGA